CUCUCCAAAGAGCGUCUCGGUACGCUUCGAGCUCCGCGCUGGGUUUUUACGCGGGCCCGCCGAGUGUCGCCCUCGGCCCGCGGGAGUCACCGGCUCCGCUGUGAGGGGUCAUCGUCGGCAACGACGGCAGCGAAAAACGGGGCCUCCACCUGACCACAUCUCCCCGCACACCUCCCUUUGGUCUCCGAACCCCAGAUGGAAAAAACCUCCGCUUCUCCCCGGAGCUGGAGCUGGAGCUGGAGCCGGAGCCGGAGCUGCUGCCGCAGAGCGGCUCUCCCUCCUUCAGCCAGGCCGCUGUAGGGGCACCGCCGGGCGCGGAAGGAAGCGUCGCAGGGGCCCGGUGGCGGAGCGGAUCUCUGGAGCCUCCGAUAGGAACAACACCGGCUGUUUCCCUUCAUGCGUAAUCACAGCAGCGAGGGAAGCUGCGGCGGACGCCGCUGAUUUGUUUGAGUUUUGAGCUGCAGACAGGAGGGAUGUGCCGCGGCAGCCGAGGAGGAGGAAGAGGAGGACGAGGAGGACUCCUCACCACGUUUCUCCUCUGGUGUCUCGUAUGGACGCAGCUGCCCAGCGCAGACUCGUCCUCUGGUGACCAAGAGCUUCGUCUCUUCCCUUCUCUCCGCUCCAGUCACCUCUCCCCACCUCUGCACCCCCAGCGCGACUUGAACCAGCAGCCCGAUGUGGACGAGUCCCACCCCCGCCAUCAGCACCACCGCCAUCAGCCCCCGGCCAGGUCAGCCGCGGUGAUGCCGGCCGGCCUCUCGGAGUCUCGGUUUCGUCAGGAGCCCGGCGGCCAGCGAACCCUCAGCCUGCUGGUACGGCCGCAUCACGAGGUGCCGCCGGAGCACGCCGCGGUGUCUGCGCGGCAUCUGGUUACCGUGUACCUGGCUGUGGAUGUGAGGAGGCUGAAUGCCAGUCUUCUUCGGUGGUUUCGGGAAGGUGUAGCCGCAGCGCUCGGCGUUCCUGCAGGACACGUUCACAUCAACCGGCUGAAUGAAAAGAAGAAUGGCAUUGAGCUCUUCGUGUCCUCUGAUAGGCUGGGGAUCUCCGAGCCCCGCCCCGCUGAAGAGGUCAUCCAAUCACUGAACGUCAGGGUCCUCCACCGCCACCUGGGACACUUCGGCAUCACUGAGGUUUCAACCGAGAAAAACGUCCUGCAGGGCGAGCAGAGGGAUCACGUGUGGAGCAGAGAAGGCUUCUACACCGUCGUCCUCUUCUUCACCAUCUUCGUCAUCGUCAUCACCUGCUUGAUGGUUUUGUACCGACUCAAGGAGAAGGUUCAGGUUUCUGACAGACAGCUGAAAGCUCCGCCUCCUGACCUCCACCUGACCCCGAGCGUCCCUCCAGACUCCGCCCAGAGGUCAAAGGGCAUCAAGGUUGUGACGUCAGGAAGCAUGGUCCAAGCUGAGCUCCCUCCAGCUGUAGCCACGCCCAUUCCCCAGCAGCAGCCAAUCGCAGCCUGCCGCCGCCUCGCCCCACCUGUCAUCCCUCGGCCCAGCCCCGCCCCUGUCCCUGUCCUCAACAGCAACAACCGCGCCCCCCUCGCCAGCGUCGCCCCGGUGACAGCCAAUAACGAGCUGAAGCCUUGCCCCUCCCCCUUCAAGAUGAAACCUGCCGCGGGACUGCAAGAAAGACGUGGCUCCAAUGUCUCUCUGGUGCUGGACAUGUCGGCUCUCGGCUCCGUGGAGCCCCUCAACGUUGUCGUCGUGACCCCCAGAGAGUCGGCGGCGAGGGAGUACUUGUCGUCCGCCGGCCGGCCGCUGACGAGACAGCAGCUCCGGGACGUCGUCAACAACGCGCACAGGCUGCACGCCGAGUUCACCGAAAUUCCCAUGAAUUUCACUGAUCCCAAGGAGCUGGAUGUUCCAAACCAUGGAACCAAGAACAGAUACAAGACCAUACUACCCAAUCCUCAUUCCAGAGUGGUCCUGAAGUCCAAGAGCUGCAACGACCCGCUGAGCUCCUACAUCAACGCUAAUUACAUACGGGGUUACCUAGGCGACGAGAAGGCGUACAUCGCCACUCAGGGUCCCAUGGUGAACACAGUGAACGACUUCUGGCAGAUGGCGUGGCAGGAACAGUCGCCGGUCAUUGUCAUGAUCACCAAACUGAAGGAGAAAAACGAGAAGUGUGUUCUGUAUUGGCCGGAGAAGAGGGGGAUCUACGGGAAGGUCGAAGUGUUGGUAAACAGCGUCAGGGAGUGCGAACACUACACCACACGCAGCCUCACGCUCAAGUUGGGGAAUCAAAGUCGCGUGCUGCAGCAUUACUGGUACACGUCGUGGCCCGACCACAAAACCCCCGACUCCGCAAUGCCGCUGCUGCAGCUGAUGGCCGAUGUCGAGGCAGACAGACGAACAGCCGCCGCCGCGGGACCAGUUAUUGUCCACUGCAGUGCCGGGAUUGGCCGGACCGGCUGUUUCAUUGCUACGACGAUAGGCUGUCGACAGCUGCAGUUGGAGGGAGCGGUGGAUGUACUGGGCAUCACCUGCCAGCUCCGAGCCGACAGAGGUGGUAUGAUUCAGACGGGUGAGCAGUAUGAGUUUGUCCAUCACGCACUGGGCCUGUACGAGGCCCGCCUCUCCGCAGAAACCGGCCAAUGAGUGUUCACCAAACACAGGAGGCGUCUGCUUUCACCUUGAAGUGUGCUGACGUAGCGAGUCCUUGGCAGGUAUGACCUCUGAGAUUUGGGAUUUCCCUGAGAAUAGGGGAAUCUGGAGGACGUCUUUGAGUUUGAAGGACAACCAGUGAGGACAGGUUGUCGUUGGAGCCUGUUGAAGGAAAGAGGAAAGGUAAAUUUCUGAAAAUGGAAUGUAUCCGUUCUUCUCCUCUGCUGUUUCUUCUUCAUGUCUUGUCGGCCAGCGGUUCUUCGGAGGAACCCGAAAGAUCCACCCACUCCACCACUUCCUUUAACCAACUGACUGUCAGAUCGUGUCGAUUUUAACUAACCAGACUGUCCUAUUACCUCUUUUCUGUCAUGGAGACGUAGACGUAGUUUGACUGAAAUUGAUGGUACUUUGUCCAAUAACACUAUUGUGUUUAUGUGUCUUAUAGGAUUUUAAAAUUAUUUUUUAACAUGGUGUUCUUAUAUGAAAGGCUAUUGGAAAAUGACUGUUAGCUGGUUGCACCUUUUUGGUUAAACUACUGUACCGCUGUCGAACCAACCCUUCCAGCCUACCCCUGUUUGUGACUUCGGCAUGCCGUACGUUACUCCGUCAUUUGAACACAUUGCAUUCCCUACGCUAACCUUAACAGAGAAGUUAAGAGGUUUUUUAAUUUUUUUUCCCCUUAUUUUUAAUCAGUCAGUUUAACAUACAAUAUAACAAGACAACUUACAAACACUGACAAAAAUCAACAACAAUAAACUAUGUACUAAUAACUAAUAAUAAUAAUAAUAAUAAAGAGAGAGGAAAAAAAAUAACAAAACACCUUAGGGUGCUUUUUAAUCCAAUAUACCUACUUCUGGCAUAGCCUGUGCAAGUGGUGCCCAUCGUUGCAUAAACAUUUCUAUUUCCAUUUGAAACUCUGCUGCGGUGAUCUCUGCCAUGACGUUCGCCAUCUUUAACCCUUUCUCUCCAGAGCUCAACGCUUGGGGGUUGUGGCUUUAACCAGGAGACCGUAAUGAUUUUCUUUGCUAUGAGGAACAAAAUCCUUCUGCAAGUAGCUCCAAUUAUUUUCUGUUGUUUUCCAGGAUGGAUACCAACGAUAAAAAGACUCAGAAUCAAUCCCAGAAUAUAUUAGUAAUACCAAGCCACAAACCCUCCAACAUAAGUCAGAUGAACCAGUAUAUUUUAAGAAAUGGAGUUUUAAAAUACCCAAAUUUGACAAUCCUAUCUAAAACGUGUGUUAUUUAACAAGUUGUAUCUUUAAAGGUAUUUUCAAGAUCUCACAGACGUCUCACCUGUCACAACUUUAUUUUAAACUUCUCAGAGAUACCAAAUAUAUCAGUACGCUUUCAGCUCAACUAAACGUCAAAUGUUACCUUGCUAACGAGCCAGAGGGAGUAAUCAGACACAUUCAUUUUUGAUGUUUAUAUGUUAACGCUACCUUCUGACAUGAUUAGGUGAGCCAGUACUGUGGCUAGCCAGCUAACGACACGUUGUCUAAGCACCCCUUUCAUUUGUAAUUGAGAGCAAUCAAAUUUUUGCCCAGGGUAAAACCAACUUUUUCAUUUUUAUUUUUCGCAGACUGCACUGCUCCGCUAAUUUACUUCACUGGUCGUACAUCACAUUCCUGGCCUGGUAAUUUACAGAGUGCUAAGGUCACAAGCGGAACUACCUCCAGCCAUACAACACAUGCUAAAAGCUAACAAACCAAUGUCAUGAUAAAUAAACUCCUGCUAAGCUAGUUCCUGUAGUACAGCAAUUUAAAUAGUGGCUCAUUCUAGCGUUAGUGGUUCGAUGUCAAUCCGUUUGCUGUUGUGUUAAUAAAUGGAUGCUAGCGUAUAAGCUAUUGUUAUUUCAUGUUAUUUCUAGCACUCUAUGCUAAUGCAAUAUUUCCGAUUAAAUCUAGUAUUCCACCGCUAAAAACCAUAUUUGAAAAACAAUAACAAUUUGUUUGUUACAACGGUUAUUUUUACACUAUUCAACAGGUACAGCUCCCUUGAGGAUUUGACAGCAGUACUGAGAAUUACGGGAACUGUAGCGUUUGAAUGCUAACACAACAUUUUUAUCUUUGUUAAAAUGAUGAGGUAUUCAGAUUUUUCUAGCUGUUACAGUGGCACACUAAUAGAGACCCAGUCAUCUUACAGUAUGGACACAAUGCCCAACCCUCAUGUUACAACUUUUAGAAACACCGAUGUAAAAAAUGUAUAAAAUACAUAAGGAAAUAACACAGGCCAGCUCAAAAGUAGCAUGGCACUGUGGUCAGUCACUUUCAGUCAGAAUUUAUACAUUUAAUCUACACUAACAAUGAGUCAUGUUGAAGUAUCCUGACAUUUUAAUCACAGUUUAAUUUUUUUUGCACAGGGUCAAAUUGAAAAACCGUUUGCUGAGUCAUUCCUGACAUGACAAAUAUUUAGAAAAAACUUGUGCUGCUUGGUCUCAGUUUACACUUAGUAUAGUAGUUCACCUUAUUUUUUGCAUUGACAGUUCCCCUGUUGUUUGAAAUAUUACUUUAUACCAAAAAUGUGAAACAAUUUAAGUCACAAUGGUGCAAUCAUCUCAUCGUUGUGAUGUUGUAUACUAUGUUAUCUAGUGAGUGAGUACAUUUGGUGUAUCGAAGUAAUAAUAACUUUAUUUUUAUACUGUUUUUACAUGUCUUCGAUGUGUUUAGCAGCUAUCAGCCAUUUGUCGACUCGCAUGACAGCUCGCUAUCUGGGGUACAAACCUCAUCUCUAAAUGAUCAAUCUAUCAGGAGCUGGAAGGAAGUAACCCGCUUUCUCUCUUCUAGCGGAGCCAGAGAGUUGAAGUUUGAAACAAGCAUACACAAGCCCAAACUUUACCCCUGUUUAGGCUAUUUUUUUAAUGAAGCAAUUUCUUUCUUAAAUUUGUCACCAGACAAACAAUAUAAGAGACAUUAGAUACUCAGAGCUUAUGCCGGAAUACUAAACACGUUUACUAGUAUUCUAGAGAAUUUUUCCAAUUAACUUAAAUUGACAUUGCAUUGAAAAGUGUAUCCAGACCAUUUGAGUGUAAGUGCAUCUGAGACAAAAUGUCAAAAGGGUGAAGUUCAGUUUUUUAAACAUUCCAUAAAACUGUAUAUUUUAGACUAAAAUUUGAAGCAAAAAUAAAAGUACUGAGGUGGUUUUCCCAGUUCCUGGGGUGUUGACUUGUUUUAGAGAUCUGAGGUUUCUACGUUACUGCCAGUAAUGAUCGAAAUUAACAUAUACAUCUAAUCUGCUCUCUGUGUGAAUGGGACAAAACUGUACGGUACAUGUUAAAGUGCUAUUAAAACUGGUGUGGGCAGUUACAUUUCAAUCCACGGACCACAAACAUGGAUAUCUUGCUGCUAAAACGGGGAGCGUCGGGACAGGACCUUUGACGGACAAUAAACGAGAGAAACUUUGAAGACUCUUCUUUUUCUAUGUACCAAUAUAUUUUUAUUUAUAUCUUUACUUGUGAUACAAUCAUGGGACUUUGGACCUGCAUCUGUUUGUCUACACGUCCAACAUGCCUCCUCGGACCAUCACCGGCCCACUUUUCGCUUGAAUCGAUUCAAAUUGGAUCAGUUUCAAAACUCAAAAAUGGUCAAAAAUCCGACACGUUACAGUCUGAUGGUGAUGUAACUUUCUGUUUUGAACUGAUUUGAAGUGAAAGUGAGUGGAGUCCAGCCUCCAUGCCCACCGCAGCAGCGGGUACAACAACACACACUGCCUCUGACGUAGUAUUGUGUAUGUACAGUAGGUGGUGGUUGAUGUCCUGUACUUUAUUGUUGUUGACUGUUGAUGGAGAUUAAAGGGACACUAAACAUUU